GUCACUGUGCAGCGUCUCAUCCCCUUCAAGGUGUCUCUUCAGGCAGCUAGCUACCACGCUUACCUUGCGUUUAAUUGAACCUUUUUUUUAAUACACAUUCCGCUUCUCAUCUCGGGACUUUCAGUGCCAUGAAGGGAAUCAGGGUUUUCGUGGUUUUCUUGGUGCUUUCCGCGGCUCUGCUGUACACAGCCGAGGCGGCCAGGAGCAAAACCAGCAACCAGAAUAGCUUCCGACGGGCAGCUAACGGGAUCUACCAGACCCUGAGCGGGGUCUUCGGAGAGGAGAACAUCAGAGGGCUGUACAAGUUUUUCUCCAAAACGACGGAGCGGUUUGUCCAUGGAGUGGACACGUUUCUCGACACCAUCUGGAAGAUCUGGUCAGAUUUGCUGGAUGUGAUGGGCAUCGACUCCUCAAACCUCAGCCACUACUUCAGCCCCACGUCUCUCACCCACUCUCCGGCCCGCGCCCUGCUCCUGGUUGCCGCUGUACUUGUGGCCUACUGGUUCCUCUCCAUGUUCCUGGGGGGUUUCUUUUACCUGCUGCACGCCGUGUUCGGGCGCUUCUUCUGGCUAGCACGCGUCACGCUCUUCGCCCUGUCCUGCCUCUACAUCCUGCAGAAGUUUGAGGGUGACCCCGAGCGUGUGGUGCUGCCACUCUGCUUCAUCAUGGCGGUGUACUUCAUGACGGGGCCCGUCGGAGCGUACUGGCGUCGGGGAGGCGGGGCAGGUUCACUGGAAGAGAAAAUCGACCACCUGGACACUCAGAUCAGGCUGCUGAACAUCAGGCUGAGCCGCGUCAUAGACGGCCUGGAGCGCACCGGGGACCAGUAGGUAGCAGCGAGGAUGAGGAUGGGGGGGGUUAUUGUACAACCAGCCGCAGUUGAUGUUUCCUGUACAAAUCUGCAGCAACACAACUACUGAGUAUUUACAACUCUAUUGUCAAAUGGGGGCACAAAACUAGUUUGGGCAAAACAAUAUUUUAACAGCUUGAGUUGAUUUUAGUUACAGAAUUCCUAAAAAAAAUUGAUGGACUUGGAGCUUACACAAAACAACCAAACAACCUUUUUUAUCUUUUUUUGUUAUGUUUGUGUUAAGGCUUUGAUUGAAAGGUUUUUGCUACACUUGUGAGGAAGUUAUCAGAGCGAUGUCCAUGGUUUGCUAAACGCAGGCCUAGUUUUACAUGUCAGCUACUUUUGGAAAAACUCCCAAUUUGGGGUUUGAAUUUUUGGUGUUUGGAUAAGCAUUGUCAAUGCUUUUGCUAAAUGAAUAGUCAUAUUUUAUGUAUGUUUGUUCUUUUCUAUCCUUGUGAAUAACAUCGGGGUAAUGGUUCUUACAAAGGUAUGACCACAAACAUUUGUUCCCUUUUUUUGAAACUAUUGAAAUAGGAAAGGGGCGGGGUGCAUGAUGCAGGGGGCCGAAACAAACAUUGUAUUUCAAUUAUGUAAAAAUCCUCAAGAUAAUAGUUGUUCAUAGUAAGAUUUAUUUAUUACAUUUUCCAUCCAAGAUGUAAAUCAUGUAGAUGUAGUUUUAUUUCAUUAAGUCACCGUCCAAUAGUGGCAUUAGUUUGACAUCGGGACCUCUUUUUCAUUCUGUGUGCAUGGGUGCAUAAGCAAAUGCAUCUGGGUGACCUACUAUAAUGUGUGUGCAAAUACAUUAUUGUGUGUGUGUGUGUGUGUGUGUGUAUGUGUGUUUUCAAGUUUGUGAAAUGAAAAGCACUGUAUUAAAAAAGUCACCAUCAGACUAAGAGAAAAUGCAAACAGGCAGCAAUAUCUCAGGGACUCAACCAACACGCAUAUAGAAUUGGAAAAGAGGCAUCAAGAAAAGUAAAAUCAUGUCUUGGUCUCUUUUGAGUCACUUGACAGUUUUUCAGACAAGGUCUGAAAUCUGUCUCAGUAACUUACAAUACUUGUUGAUGAAUUGGUGCAGUUUGUGUUCUCGUAUCAUGUUGAAAUUGCAUAGUGGUCUAUAAAAAAAUACUUUAGUCGUUUUGAGUUGCACUGGCUUGUAGUAUGUCUUAAUACAUAAUAUCUUUUGAUGAGGACUUAAGUGUAAACAGGAUCAAUAUCUCAACUUGAUUACAGAUUGAAUUUGGUCCAGUGCCUUUUGAUUCUGUGGCAAAACUACAAGAUCGUACUGUACAGCCUCAUUUGACCCUGCAUUUGAAAUAUGAAGCUGUAAAUUAUUUUAUUUUUUUAUUGUUUUAUGUUUAGCAUGUGGUAAGUGAUACUUACCAGUAACUUAAUUAAUUAGAGAUUUACGAUUCAUACAGUAUAUCAUUAUAUUGAAAUUGUGCUUUAUUCACAGGCUUGGUGUGCAUCACUGUAGCCAACUGAAGUCUGUUGGCUUUUUGUGUCUUUUUCUUUUCUUGUUAUUUCAGAUAAUUCUUUUUCUCAUGUGCCUCAUAAAAUACACUUUUUCCCUGCUAUCAUUCUCUAUGUUCAACACAUCUUUUUUUUCAUCUGUUCAUAUUCCCCUUGGCACAGCUUUUUGUAAUUUCAAUUUAUAGAAUCUGGACACUGUAAACACAUGUUUUUAUACAAAUGACCCUAAUGCUGUGCAAACUUUGGUACGGGAAAUGUUAGUUUUAGUUUCACAUGUGAAAGUUUGACUACCGUCAGUAAUGUUGCAGAAUGGUGGAAAUCAUCAGAGGGCACUUACAGUUCAUGACAUUACUGAGGCCAAAGAACCAACCAGUAUUUAUACACUUGACACUCACUCAGCAACUAUUUGUAUGUGUGAGAUGCAUUUAUGCCCCACCCCUAAUGUUGCUCCAUGUAGUAAAGGUGAAGUAUUAAUAUUAUUCUUGGAGAAUUAACGUGUUGCAUCAAUAAAAUAGCAGUCACAGACACAUGGACUUUGUGUACAUUCAGAUAAUUACCAUUACAUACAGUUGGUUUUUUUGUACAAUGGUUUGAGACCCUCUGUCUUGCAUUUGAUCCUUAUCUUAGAAUUAAGUCUUAAUUAAACAAAACUAAUUUAAGAUUUGAACAUAGCUUAUCUUAAUGUGAAUCAAUUGAUUGAAAAUAUCUCCCCAAACACACCCAGUUCAUCCCAGCAGUGACUCCCCACCCCCAUAUAGCCAAAGUUACCAGAACUUUCUUGCAUGCCGUUUUCUGUUACAUUAUGUACAUGUUGUUUACUGCCUUGGUAGAGAACCCUUCCAAAAUGUGUUGUGUGAUGUGAUUAGUGAGUCAGAGAGCUGAUACUGUACUGUAGAGUCCAAAUUCUCACAAUUACAUGGUCUGUUCCACAUUACAAAACUAAACUGGACACAAACCCAUUGAAUUAACCUCUGAAAUGUUGGGAAUCUUAAAAUUACAAUAAUUUAAAGCAGACUUUAAAGAGGGGCUUGGUGACUAGUCUGAAGCCAAUGACCUGUGUAUGUUUAACUAAUGACAGAAUGUGUGAUUUAUGAAGAUGUUAAUUGAAUAGUAAUAAUCAUGUAUGUUAUUGAAGGAAGGUUUCUAACCAGUUUCCAAUUAAUUAUGGUAUUAAUGUUGGAGUUUGAAUUUUAAAAGAUUCAGGAUUUUGAGGGUUUGCGAUCAGAUGUUGUAUUUCAAACACUGAAACUGUGUCUUAAAGUUGCACACAAGUUCCCUCAUAUUUAUUCAUAAUUUCCAGAAUUGCAAAAAUGUCAGUUUGUGAGACAAAAAACAACUUGAAAAAAAAAAUCUGUAUACUUAAAGUUGCCACUAGCUAGGCAUUUAUGUACCACUUGUCAUUACCACUGAAGUUGAAAGAUGCCAGUGGAUCUUUCAGUUGACAUCUCAGCACUGGAUUGAAUGCUACAUUCAGAUUAUAUUUAUUAUAUUUUGAAACUGCCUGUUGAAUGGCUAGUAAUUCCAUAAAUGUAAUGUACUGUAUCCUACUUGUUCCUAUUAUUCCAUGUCGCCUGCUUUUUAUAACAUGCUGUGCCAAUAAUGUAGAUGUUUUUGUUUAAUUUAAGGCUAUUAUUUGUAUCUGUUUUUUCAUUUUAUCGAUAUUUUUGAAACUUUUUUUGUAUUCGAAUAUUUCGGUACUUCAGUGAUGUGGUAAGCACCAAACUGUUCUGCCUGCUGUUGUUUGUGUGUGAAUGUGUCUUUAUCCAAACCUGUUGAUGGAUAAAUGGUUCUUUUUUUUGUAAGUGAAAUUGAGGUCCAGAUUUGAAUAAAUUAAACUCCACAGUAUGACAAA